UCUCUACAUCUAAUCUUAAUUAAAGAAAAAAAAAGAAGAGAAAGCAUGGAGGGUAUUGAGACUGCAACAAACUCUAGUGCUGGUUCAUCUUCUCCUUCAUCAUCUUCACCUGCACCUUCUCCUCCUACUCCUUCUCAAAACAACCCACCUGUGGUUAUUAGCCCUUGUGCUGCAUGCAAAAUUCUUAGACGAAGAUGUGCUGAUAAAUGUGUUUUAGCACCUUAUUUCCCCCCUACUGAACCCACAAAGUUUACCAUUGCUCAUCGAGUUUUUGGCGCCAGCAAUAUCAUCAAGUUUCUGCAGGAACUUCCAGAGUCUCAAAGGGCCGAUGCCGUCAGCAGCAUGGUUUAUGAAGCCAGUGCGAGAAUUCGGGACCCUGUUUACGGGUGUGCGGGGGCGAUUUGUCAGCUUCAGAAACAAGUUAGUGAGCUCCAGGCUCAACUGGCUAAAGCACAAGCUGAACUUGUCAACAUGCAAUGCCAACAAACGAAUCUUGUAGCUUUACUCUGCGUGGAAAUGGCGAAAUCCGAACCACAGCCCAAUUCUCCACAAUCGGUCGACAACUUCAUUACAAGCCCGGAAAGCUCCCAGGGCAAUCCAUGCUUCCUUGACGAAAACUUAGCAGCACUGUGGGAGCCUCUCUGGACAUGAACCAAUAUUAUUAUUAUUAUUUGUUAUAUACUGUAUUUAGAUUAUCAAUCCUUCCAUGAAAAAUUCUCCUAACUCAUUUGAGAAGGAGAUGAAGUUGAAGGAAAACUAGCUAGCUAGAUAUAUAUUAAUAAAUUUGACUUAAUCUGUAGGGAAUAUAUGAAAUUAUAUUAUGUAAUAUGUGUGGAGAGAAUUUGGAGGAAAAAUAAUAUAUAUUGUAAAAUAGGAUCUAGUUAAUCUCUUUGUUUAAAGCUAGGCCUAGGGCGAAGUAGAUUAAUGUUAUUGGUCAUUUUCCUCCAAGAAAAUAUGCUGUUGUUUGGAGAGAAAGCGGUUUCUAUUUUUAAUUAUUAAAGUCCAUUUGUAAGGUUAAUUAUUAUUGAAUCUGAAACUACUUUUUGGUCA